AAGUUUCGAUUUCUCUAGAAAUAGACUCCAUCGUUGUUUUCUCAGAGGGAGGGUCCAUAACGGUGAACUCCAUAAAAGUUAUAUAAAAGACACCUCCUUGGAAGCAUAGCCAGUAUGCAAAAUGGAGCUCUUUCUCGUGAGCCUGCUUUUCUCACUGGUCUGCACGGUGUCGUCUUUGACCUGUCAUCAGUGUACUCCAGGUACUUCUCUAAGAUGCACUGAAACUCAGAAAACUUGUAGCCCGCAGGAAACAACUUGUGCCAAUGCAGCAGUUACAACCUUUGUAGGAGGGCAGUCUAUUAAUGUCAAUGCCAAAGACUGCGCAACUUCCUCAGAUGGCUGUGGUGAAGUGGUGUCUGUGAAUUUUCUUGUAUCACGGGUCACUGUCAACGUUCAGUGCUGUAACACAGAUAACUGCAACACUGUCAGUCCUCCAGCUUACACUGACAACAAUCCAAAUGGUCUGAAGUGCUGUGUUGAUGAAAAUUGCCAGACUACGGUGCAAUGCCUUGGAAAGGAAGAUACUUGCAUAUCUGCUGUAGUUCAAAUUGGUGGAGUAACAGAGAUGGUCAGAGGAUGCACAUCCAGCAAUGUGUGUACAACAUCCCAGUCCUCACAGAUACCUGGCAUAACUCAAGUAAACUGCUGCGUUGGAAACCUCUGCAACCAUGCCAAGCGCAUCACCCUGGACAUCCUUCUGGCUUUGCUCCCAAUCGUUGUACUCAAGUUCAUUUUUUAGUGGUCAAAACAGCUUUAGUCAUAAAUGCAACUCCAAGAGAGAAGUGGUUAUCUUUACUGAAUAUUUGCUUUUGAAAUAUUCAAUCCAUUGCAAAAUUUCAUAUAUGUCAAUUUUGUUCAACUUUAUCUAAGCAUACAAUGUUAUAAUGUUUUAAAAUAAUACUUUGUAUUUUAGAUAGGGUUACCGAUUUUUAUUAAAUUGAUAU